AUGUCUGAUACCGUCAGACCCAAUCCUUUGAUGCGUGCCAUUGCAACAGCCCGCAUGGCGACGAUGGAGUCACCCCCCAGGGACCAGGAAGUCGUCAUCAGGUCCCAGUUGAUUCGGGUCGAGUUGAAGAAGGUCUGCCCAGAUUUGAGCAAGAUCAUUGACACCGUAACCACCUUCCGUCCGACUCAUGCUGUCCUCACGCCUUCCUUCAUGCGCUCGCUUGAUCCCAAGGAUCUUCCAUCGCUCCGAGCACUCAUGCUGGGUGGCGAGCCAACACAGCCGUCGGAAAUUGCCGCCUGGAGUCCCUACAUGAAGCUGAUGAUCGGAUAUGGGCCAGCCGAGUGUGGUGUGACUCACCUUCGGUACUACAGUGAGAGCCCCAACGAUCCGUACAAUUCCGUCGGCUUCCCAACGGGGGGUGCCGCCUGGCUGGUGGUCCCUGAGGAUCCGGAAAAGCUCCUUCCCAUCGGCGCGGUGGGCGAGUUGUUACUCGAAGGCUCCUUUGUCGGACCGGGAUAUAUGCAUGACGCGACAAAAACCCAGGAAGCCUUCAUCGCGGAGCCCGGUUACGUCCGAAAGCUCCGUCGUGGCCCAAGUCGCGUAUAUAGGACCGGCGACCUGAUGCGAUACAAUGUGGAUGGGUCCCUGAGUUUCGUCGGGCGAAUGGAUUCCCAAGUCAAGAUCCGUGGCCAGCGGAUCGAGCUGGCUGACGUUGAGACUCAUCUGGCGAAGUGUUUCUCUUCUCCUGUCCAGGUCGUGGUCGAGCUCGUCUCGCCGGAAGGCCAUGGAGCACCCUUUCUCGCAGCAUUUAUCUAUGUCCCCGUCGAAAGCCACCAAGACACCAUUCCAGACGCUGGAGCGACGAUCGCAAGCUGCAAUGCCUUCUACCAGCCGGAACGAGGUUUCGACGAGCGGGCAACCAAGGCUCUCGCCCUGCUUCGUGACUGGUUGCCUCGCUUCAUGAUCCCGUCGAUGAUGAUCAAUCUCGCACACAUGCCACAAACAUCUAGCGGCAAAGUGGACCGGAAAUACCUUCGAAAGACAUUGGCCGAGUUGCCAGAUGAAGAACUCAAGCAGUUCCGCGCCACAAUUGAGAAAAAGCUCUCGGAGCAGCCACCGAGAUGGAAAACAAGAUUCAGAGAUUCUGCGCCACAGCCUUGCAGAUCCCAUGCGACGAGUGCGAUGUAUAUGGUGGCAGAAGCCCGCAAGGACGGAGUCGCAAUAAGCGUGGCUGAUAUUCUGGACAAUCCUCGCUUGUCCAAGUUGGCCGGUCAUGUAGCACCCCACAAUGGCUCCUUUGCCAGCAAUUCCAAACCCUACAGCAGUGCUGCUAUUAAGCCCUUUGCGCUAGUCAACGAUGGGGCUCGAGCAGAGGCCACGCGUGAGCUAGUACAGCUGCAAAUUGUGAAGCAGGAAUCGCAAAUUGCUGAUAUCCUGCCAGUGACUGAAAGUCAGCAGUUCUUCCUCACUCGGUGGACCCCAUUCUUUGCCUGCUACUUCUUAACUGGGUUUGUUGAUGGGAGACGCCUUCGUCGUGCUUGUCAAGCUGUUGUGUCUGCUCACAGCAUUCUCCGCACUGCCUUUAUACAAACGCAUCACGGGUUGCUCCAGGCAGUCCUUCAGGACGUUGACCUACCAUUUUAUCAGACCACCACGGUGGAGGACCUGCUGACCUACUGCGAUUCGAUCUGGCAGAGCGACUCGGAAAUAUCAUCCACGGUUAACGCUGCGCCGCUCCGUUUUGAGCUUGUGUCGCGAUCUGCAACCGAGCACGCUUUCAUCCUCCGUGUCUCCCACGCCCAGUAUGAUGGUCUUUCGCUGCCAACUCUGAUGGCUGCCCUGGCAGAGGCGUACACAGGGGACGCACCGGAGGCAAUAAUGAAUUUUGCCAGCUAUAUGCACCUUCGCUCCUCGCAAGAUCAUACGGCGACAUUCGACUUCUGGCGUCAGUAUCUGCUCAACUCCUCCGUACGCCCAUUGGACAUUUCCACAAACACCCCACCUCUGAGCCCGAGUAAUGUCUCCAACUCUUCUCGCAUUACAGCUGGACAGAGUAUUCCCAUGCCCAGUCUCCCGGCGGGCCUGACCGUCGCAAGCCUUGUCAAGGCCGCUGCAGCCUGGCUCUUCACCCGGCAUACCCGUCAACACGACAUCGUCCUGGGCCAAACAGUGUCCGGGCGCAGCAUGCCCAUCGCAGGCAUCGAGAAGAUGCUCGGUGGAGUGCUCUCGAUCUUUUGCAGCACGUUCAGAAGCAAUGAGUCUGCGACGUUUGCGCAUGACUACGUGGAUCUCGCAGAUAUUGUCCACACCAGCACAGACUGGUCGCAGGAUAGUUCUAUUCCCUGUAUUAUUCAACAUCAGAAUGUUGCGCGGGCUUCCACUCUCUCAUUACCUGACGUUGAGUGUACCUCGUCUGGCUGGGCAUAUUUCAUCCCGCAAUCCGGGAUGUGGAUUUUGUCCUCGCCGCAAGACUCCAAGUUACAGGUUAUGCUGUGUGCGUCUGAGGAGUCCAUGUCGCUGGAAGCAGCCAGAUCCUGGGUCAAGAAUCUCGCGACCGCUAUCACUAUUUUCGCAAGCCAGCCUGACAUAUUGUUGGAUGAUCUUCAUGUGGGGGAAGAUAAUUUCUGA